CUCGCACAAAACAGUUGACUGCUUUUUUUGCUGUCCAUACGGUUUUAUUUAUUCAUACAAAAAAUUACCGUGUGUAAAUUGCCUCACAUCAUUUUGCAUUUAAGAAUUGUGUAUUAAGUAACGAAGAUAACUUCAAUUACGCGAUCUUUAAACUAUUCUAUACUGGAAAUCAAGUGAACGUUUAUUUGUGUACCAAUUUAUAGUAAUAUUUACGAAUUCGGUAAGAUGCUAAUAAAACCGUUGAAUCUGUUUUCGGGUGGCUUUGGCUUUGAUUUUUCCAAGGGACCCGACAAAGUCAGCACAUUUCGCCGAAUUUUGCCACAGUUUUUGUCGUGUCUUUCGCAAUAUAUAAACGGAUGUAAUAUGGGUCUAGUGCUGGCGAUCUCAUCCAUUGUCGUACCGUCGAUAAUUGGGAGAAGUACUGAAUUGAAUCCAGAUGAAACAUUGCAUAUGACACCUGAAAAAGCUAGCUGGCUCGCGAGUCUGAUGUUUAUUAUUCAACCCAUUGGAUGUAUAUUGUCGCCAUUCUUUGCGGAUUCGUUGGGCAGAAAAUGGGCAACAUUUUUGACAAGUUUUGUGCCAGCGUUUGCAUGGAUUUUACUUCCGAACGUUCAAUCUGAAUUCAUGAUUUACGUCGGUUUUUUAUCGCUGGGCAUUUGGAAUGGAUUGACCAGUUCACUGUCUAUAUAUCUAAAUGAAAUAUGUGAAGCAAGUAUAAGAGGCGUUAUGUGCGCAAUGGCGGGAAUAGCCGCAACCACUGGAAUUUUUAUGGUAUUUUUACUAGGGAGUUUCCUUUCAUGGCGACAGGUGUCUUAUAUUUGUGCAAUUGUACCCAUUCUCAAUAUAUUGCUGACCAUGUUGAUCCCCGAGUCGCCGAUUUUUCUCGUAUCAAAUCAUCGAACGGACCAGGCUGAAAAAUCAUUGCAAGUACUACGCGGAUGGGUAUCAAGUAAAACGAUCACCCCCGAACUUGAUCAAUUGAAACGCGCAAGUGAAUUGUCCGCAUCAUGUGUGAAUUGCGAAAAAUCGGGUCAAAAAUGUAACCAUCCGCCACCAACACUGUUUGAUAAAUUGAAAGAUAUUACCAGAAAACGGACGUUGAAACCAUUUUCCAUUAUUUCAAUUCUGUUCCUUUUGAUGCAAUUUUCUGGAAUGUUUGCAAUGCGACCGUACAUUGUGCCCAUCCUAAAUGCACAUGGCAUUGCUUUUUCGGCCAAUUUUAUCACGGUCAUGCUAGGAGUUUUGGGAAUUUUGGCGAAUAUUUGCAUCGCACUUACAGUUCGAACGAUUGGAAAACGAAGAAUUUACCUUUAUUCAAUGGUCGGGAAUUUUGUUAGCUGCUUUGGACUAAGCAUUUACGGAUGGGUAUUCUUUCCUCGUGGCUGGACAUCGGUCGGGACGAAUGAUAGUGACUUGGAAUCGAUACGAGAGUCAGUCGGGGUCUAUAAUUAUUUUGCAUUGGCCAUGUUUUUGAUUAUGCAAUUUUGCAUUUCUAUUGGGGUCUCAUCAAUUCCAUACUUUUUACAAGGCGAAAUUUUUCCAUUCAAAUCACGGACAUUCUGCUGCAGCUUAACUGGAAUGGAAAAUCAACUGUUUGCAUUUGUCGCGACAAAAACGUUUUACGAUUUUGAGAGAUGGCUGUCGCUGCCGGGAGUUAUUGGCUUUUAUGGUGUUAUUGCCGUUUUAGGGUUUAUUCUGAUGAUCUUCAUGAUACCAGAAACUGAGAAUCGAACAUUAGAAGAAAUAGAGCUGCAUUUCUCAGACAAUAAACGAAGCAUUUUUGAUAUUAACAUUAAGAAAUGAGCAUUUACGUUUUGUGCAGCGUUUUUUCCUUCCAAAUAUAGCCAAGCAUGCUAGUUAAAUUAGAAGAGAGAUUUUUGUGAUUAAAAUAGAAAUUAUUUAGACGAUAUUUUAAAUUUA